AUGUGGCUUCUCGAUAAUGUCGGGCACACCUUUCAGGGUCGACGGCUAUGGCUGCGGCCCGGAAAACGGUAUCUCUUUGGUCGGACCAAAGCAGAGCCUGGUCAGCUGGUCAUAUCCGACAAGACGAUCUCCCGGAAGCACCUGACAAUCGAGGUUGGCCGUGUGACCGAAGGCGAUGGGACCAACCGAGAGAGUCGGUCCGUGAUCACGAUCGAGGACCUCAACACCAAGAUCGGCACCGUCGUCAACGGCACCCAAAUACGGGGACAGAGGCUCGUCCUGAGCCAGGUCUCGAACGAGGUCAAGAUGGGGCACAUGGCCGAUCUGUUCCGGAUCACGUGGCACCCGGUCGUGCUGAGUUUCUCGCUCACGACUAAGGAGCUUCGUGCCGACCCGUGGGCCCUUCUGCGUGAACAGCUCGAGCAGCUCGACAUCAAAUAUAUUGCCGAGUACGAUAUCGCCCGCACGACCCACGUCGUGGCCAAGAAGCGUAACACGUCCAAGGGCCUGCAGGCCCUCAUCAACGGCAAGUACAUUGUCAUGGAGAGCUUCCUCUCGGCCAUCGAGGCGGCUGCAGGCUCUAGCGCCCUCGAGCAGGAUUUCGACGGCAGCUGGCCCGACGCUCUCGAGUUCCUGCCACCGCGCGGCGACGAGCCGAGCGAUCGUCCCGUCAGCACAUACAAUCCGGACGAGCGGCGGAAGGACAUCUUUGACGGCUACACGUUUAUUUUUUACGACCAGAAGCAGUACGACAACCUGUUUCCGCCCAUCUCCAACGGCAAGGGAAAGGCCUUGCUGGCCGAGGUCAUCCCCGGUGAGACACAGGUGGACAAUUUCAUAUGCUACGUCAAGCGAAUAGCUGGCGACCAGAGCCUGGGCGAGUUCGAGGACGGGGGCGAGGGCAAGGGGGUCGUGGUUGUGCGCUACUUGCCGGCAAAGGGCGAUCAUGUGGAGUGGUUUGGCCGGUUUGGCAACGCCGUAUCCUUGCGGCUCGACCACCGCCUCAUUGACCAGCGUGAGUUUCUGGAUGCGAUCCUGGCCGUCGAGCCGGGCAUGUUGAGGCGGUCUCUGCAGGAGGACUCGGGAACUCCGAUUGUCAUCUCGGGCUCUGCCGAUGAGUCGACACAAAUGAGCGCUGGAACGGCACCAGUAGCCGACAUGACCGUACCGGCUGUCGCGCUGCCCACCAGGCGAGGGCGAGCAAGGCGAGGCCUGACAAGCCGAUUCAAGGGAUUCGAUGCCGACCUGGAUGUGGAAAAUGAUCCGAAUGCGUUCCCACUGGCAGCGGAGUCGAUGCAAGCGAGCGAAGAAGGCAUGUUCAUGUCUCAGACAUCGGCAUUCCAGGAGCCAGAGCCGAGCGUAGCAAGGAAGCGGCCAGUCGCGGCAGUGGCGGAGGAAGGGGAAGACAUCAUGGGAGACAUAGCGCCGACGGCAGCAGCAGUCAAGCGGCGGCGUAUUGCGGCCGGUAUAGAACCUGUUCCGCCGCGACAGUGUCUCGAAUCAGAAGCAGCAGACGAAGGCGGGACUGCAAAUGGCGAGGGCCCAGCAGGCAGCAACAAGGAUGGCAGGGGCAAGGGAAAGAAGGCGGAGGACAACGCAAUCCUGAAUCAGGCACGCAAGAACCGAGAGGCGGCAGAGAAGCGGGCGGCCGAAGAGCGCGAGAGGCUAGCACAGAUCCAGUCGGAUGGCAUUGACGCAGAGGAGAUCCGACGGCUGACGAUCGUGGAAGAGAUAUCUGUGCGCGGGCCAACAGGGCUGAGAACGAGAGAGCAAGACGUUGCGGACGGGCGAUGGGAUCCGCACUGGAACGGGCGACGCAACUUCAAAAAGUUCCGCAAGCAAGGCGACGCGGCAGGCCGACCGAUCCAGCGGGUGAUUGUAGGGCUGGAGGCGGUCAAGACGAAGGAGUAUGGUAUUGGGGACGACUACUGGCUGGAAGGCGAAAACAACAGUUCCUGGAGGAGAGGACCAGUGGGGCAGCACUCAACCGGCGGGUACAGCUCUAUCGAAGUAGACUCGACGGUGACAUCGACGGUGCUGGGAGCCCGAGAAGGACGACAUGUGCUGUCGACGGCGACGGAAAGCAGCAUCGGCUUGAGCAGCGUCGGGCCGGCAGACGGAGUGGCUGACGUGGAGGUGAUCCUGGACACGGAGCCGGAAAUGGACUCAAUGGACACGAUGGCACUAGAGGCCGAUCUGCCCCGAACAAGGGCCGGUAAGGUGGCGCAGAAGACGGCGACGCGGCAGAGGCAGGCGGACGUGCAAGCAUCGCUGGACACACAGACGCAGCUGGACGUGCAGCUGCAGUUGGCAGACGCGACACAGACGCAGACACAGAGCGCAUCGACACGGGGAAAGCGGACAGCGUCGGUGGCAGCGAGCGGGCCACGGGCAGCACCGGCGAAGAAGCCGAGGCGGGGAGCAGCAGGCGCCAUGACGAUCCAAGAUAGCGACAGCGACUCGGAUGACGGGCUGCAGUUCAAGUUCCGGAGCAGACGGUAG